UGUCAUACCAUUUGCACGUGCCUGAGGACAAAGUCGAGAAGGUAAUAUGUUCUGUACUGUAUAAUGAUUUCAUCUUGAAGCUUUUCAAAUUUUCCGUUUCUCUCGAUUCAGAGUGCUCAGAUCAUCUUCAACUUGUCUUUCGUCUGAUCCAAAAAGGUUUUAGGAUCAUGAGUGCAGGUGGGUAUACUGUAGAAGUUACAGGCCUCUCUCCCAAAGCUACUGAGAAGGAUCUUCAUGAUUUUUUCUCCUUCUCAGGUGCCAUUGAACAUGUUGAGAUUGUCAGAUCUGGUGAAUUUGCCUGUACUGGAUACGUGACAUUCAAAGAUGCAUAUGGUCAAGAGACUGCUGUCUUACUGAGUGGUGCUACAAUCAUGGAUCAACGAGUAUGCAUAAUCCGGUGGGGGCAGUAUGUAGAUGAAUUUGAUCUUUGGAACGGGCCUUCAUCAAGGGUAGAAGAUGAUACUGAAUCAACUCAGCCCCCACAAAGAAGUCAAUAUGUUCCCAGUGCUGGAGAAGCAGUAACAGCAGCUCAGGAAGUGGUAAAAACUAUGCUGGCCAAGGGAUACGUGUUGGGAAAAGACGCAUUAAGCAAGGCAAAAGCUUAUGAUGAAUCUCAUCAAGUUACUGCAACUGCAGCAGCUAAGGUUGCUGAGCUGACUGAGAGAAUUGGCCUUGCUGAUAAAAUAUUUGCGGGCAUGGAAGCUGUUAAAGCUGUGGAUGAGAAGUAUCAUGUCUCUGAUGUGACCAAGUCAGCUGUAUCAGCAACAGGAAGAACAGCUGCAGCAGCAGCAAAGACUGUCGUUAACAGUAGCUACUUCUCUAGGGGAGCUCUUUGGAUGUCGGAUGCUUUGAAUCGGGCAGCCAAAGUUGCUGCUGAUUUGGGUACUCGGGGUGUACAGCAGUAAGGAGUUUGUGUCCAACGCAGAUACAGCUUUUGAUACAGUAUAUAGUUUGUGUAGCUAGUUGUUUUUUUUUAAUAACUUUUGUACAGUACUUGCUGGUUAAGAGAAGGGGGAAAUAAAAAAUAGUUCACGCCGUAA